AUGUUGCAGAUCAACAAGGUUCAGGGACAGAGGCAAGUGGGUUCCGGGCUGCACGUUACCCAUCUGUUCAGCAAGUUGCUGGACAAAUGGGGGGAUGUCAUGGCGAUUCAAACUGCAGAGCCGAUGAUCGCCUUAGGGAAGGGGAAAAACAGCGCGAAAGAAAUUCGGAGUAUGCUGGAGUCGACCUGCAGGGCCUUCUUCAACCUACAAGGAGUCCAGCUCCCCACUGCGGACGAGCGUGUUAGGUCUGGAGUUAGGCAGCUUAGGUUUGCUGAUCGGGUUAGGAGGCCGCCGGAACGCGAAGCACGGACGGAGACCGACUUGGCAAGUGUAGCAGAUGAAGGCGAGGAGGGUGUAGAAGAUCCACAGCUGCCAAGUCAGGUCGAACAGGCAGAGGAGCAGUGGAGGAAGGCGGCUGAUGAUAAGCGGAUGGCCGAAGCAGAAGCCAAGAGGAGACGGGCUGAAGAGAGGCAACGGCGAAGUGAUGGCGACACCGAUCCUACCGUCUCUUUUCCGGGAACUAGAGACAUACGUGAAGCAUGGGAGCGUGGGGCUCGAGCCGCUGCAAGGGCACACGUGGGAGAGGCAGGAGAGGAGCUCGCCAGCAAUGUGCGGCAGCAUAUCGAGGAGGAUAGGGGAUACGUGAAAGUUCGCUUGCCCAGCGUAAAGCGGAAGGCGGCUGAAGAGGCCCGGAGAGGGGACGUCGACGUGCCAGAGAAUUCGGGCGAAAAAGAUAAUGCAGAGGAUGCGGCCCAUUGGUUCGUCGAUGCAGAGGCGGCACUUACGGCAGAGGACGGGGCGCGAAAGGAAGCAGAGUCUGCGGCGCAGCAGAAGGUGGGUGCAGAGGCGGUCAAGAGUGCGGAGGCAGUCGCGCGUAAAGAAGCGGGUGCAGCAGCAGAGCUGACGUCGGAGGCAGUCGAGCUGCAGGUAGUGGAGGCAGUGGCGCAGAAGGAAUCAGAGGCAACGGCGAGCCAGAAGGAUGAGGCAGCGGCGCAGCAGAAUGAUGAGGCAGACGCACAUAAGGAAUCAGCGGCGGCAGCGCAGCAGAAGGAUGAGGGUGCGGCGCCCAGGAUGGUUGAGGCAGAGGCGCAGAAGGAAUCAGAGGCAGCGGCGCAGCAGAAGGAGGAGGGUGCGGCGCUGAAGAUGGUUGAGGCAGAGGUGCAGAAGGAAUCAGAGGCAGCGGCACAGCAGAAGGAGGAGGGUGCGGCGCCGAAGAUGGUUGAGGCAGAGGCGCAGAAGGAAUCAGAGGCAGCGGCGAAGCAGAAGGAUAAGGCAGCGGCGCUGCAUAAGGAGGAGGCAGACGCACAUAAGGAAGGAGAGGCUCGGAAUAAGGCAGAAGCAGCGGCGCAGCAGAAGGCGGAGGCAGAGGAGCAGAAACAGCCUGCGGAAGAGGCACUACAACUGGCUCGGGCAGAAGCGCGGAAGAAGGCUGUUGUAGAGGCGCGGUAG